GCGCGGCAGCCGCUUGCUAAGGCUAUGCAGUGAGGCGCUAGCGGCGGCGGGCGGGCGUGCUCUGAGCCGGGGCCGCGGCCGCGCUGCGGAGAUGUGACUCGGGCCGAGCGCCAGCGGGAGCGUGGGCGCUGCGGGGCGCGCGGGACGAAUAUUCCUGGUGUCGGAGAGAAAGAUGAGAACCCACCAGGUGCUCGCCUUCCUCCUGCUCCUGGUGAUUGCCUCUGUGGCUUCUGAAAACGCCAGCACAUCCCGCGGUUGCGGGCUGGACCUCCUCCCUCAGUACGUGUCCCUGUGCGACCUGGACGCCAUUUGGGGCAUCGUGGUGGAGGCGGUGGCCGGGGCAGGCGCCCUGAUCACGCUGCUCUUGAUGCUCAUCCUGCUAGUGCGGCUGCCCUUUAUCAAGGACAAGGAGAAGAGGAGGCCCGUGUGCCUCCACUUCCUCUUCCUCCUAGGGACCCUGGGCCUCUUUGGGCUGACAUUCGCCUUCAUCAUCCGGAUAGAUGAGACUAUCUGCUCAAUCCGUCGCUUCCUCUGGGGUGUCCUCUUCGCGCUGUGCUUUUCCUGCCUGCUGAGCCAGGCGUGGCGCGUGCGGAAGCUGGUGUGCCUGGGCACAAGCCCGGCUGGCUGGCAGAUGGCGGGCCUGGCGCUGUGCCUGAUGUUGGUACAGGUCAUCAUCGCCACCGAGUGGCUGGUGCUGACAGUGCUGCGUGACAUGAAGUCCGCCUGCGCCUACGAGCCCAUGGACUUCGUGAUGGCCCUCAUUUACGUCAUGGUACUACUCGUGAUCACCCUGGGGCAGGCCCUCUUCACACUCUGCGGCAAGUUCAAGAGGUGGAAGCUGAACGGGGCCUUCAUCCUGAUCACGACCUUCCUCUCUCUGCUUAUCUGGGUGGCCUGGAUCACCAUGUACCUCUUCGGCAACGCCAUGCUGCAACAAGGAGAUACCUGGAGUGACCCCACUUUGGCCAUCACGCUCGCAGCCAGCGGAUGGGUUUUCGUCAUCUUUCACGCCAUCCCUGAGAUCCACUGCACGCUCCUCCCGCCCCUGCAGGAAAAUCCACCCAAUUACUUUGACACAUCGCAGCCCAGGAUGCGGGAGACGGCGUUUGAGGAGGAUGUGCACCUGCCGCGCACCUACAUGGAGAACCAGGCCUUCUCAAUGGAUGAGCACAGUGCAGCUCUCCGAACAGCAGGAUUUUCCAAUGGCAGCUUAGGAAAAAGAUCCAGUGGCAGCUUGGGGAAAAAACCCAGCAGUGGCUUGGGAAACAGACCCAGCGCUCCGUUUAGAAGCAACGUGUAUCAGCCAACCGAGAUGGCCGUUGUGCUCAACGGUGGGACUAUCCCAACUGCUCCGCCAACUCACACUGGAAGACACCUCUGGUGAACAACUUUAAGUUCCAGAGAAUAAGAAUCUCUCUUACCAAUUCCAUUCCCUGGCCGUGUCUUUCUUGAGGGAGAAAUCAGUAACAGUAGCUGAGCGAGGCCGCCUCACAGCCAGGAGAGUUGGAAAUCCCUGCCGAGGGGCUUUUGUGUAAAUGUGAACACUGAUGAACUGAAAAGCUAACACCGACUGCCCUCCCUGCCCUCCUCUGCCACACACACACACACAGAUACCUAGUGCCACAGCAACCUUGGUCCCUGCAAACUAAAACAGAGCUCACUGCAAAUAGUAUUAGGCUCCCUGGGAAAUGUGGCUGGCAAGGCUGUUUCACCAUCUGGGGGUAGAACAGAACUGAAUUCACAGCUCGUGGGCCUGGCUGAUGCUGGCUAUGUAGAGGGUGUGGGACAGCCUGUCACCUCCCUAGCAAGUGCCAGACACAGGCCACCUCCUGGGGAUCACUGUGUCAUUAAGAUGACUAUAGAGGCUUCUUUUCCCUGGCUUGGCUGGUGGUUUGCAUGUUUUGGGGAGUUAAGAUGCUGUGGGUGUGAUUCUAAGGUAAAUCAUGGGGCAGCUUUGUAAUCAGAAGGGGUGUAGGAACCUGGAACGUGCCAAAGAGGAGAGGCCCUCUGGGUGUUGAAGUGACCAUCGUCUCUCGUUCUGGUGCCCAUGACAAGAAAGCCAUCCUGCCCCCUUUUGUGUGGAGCCCUAGAAUAUUCAAGAGUGGUGGAGCCACAGUCCCUCCUGCUUCCUGCACUUAUGGGUGUCCCUUUCCCAGUUGUAGCCCUUGUUUGUUCCAGAAGCUCAAGUGGAGCCAUGGGCUGGAAGCCCCUCCAAGAGCCAGAGUGGAAGGCCAGUGCCAUGGCAGAUUUCCCACGCUGAUGUCCCACAGCAGGGCUUCCUGGAGUCCCAGGAUGGAGAGACAACGUCCUGCUGCCUACAAGCAGUGACUUCUUGGGUCUUUUCUGUGGAUCAGGGGAAAGUUCUCGGGUGGAGUGAAUCCCAUUAGAGUUUUUUGCUGCUUUGGGAGAAGGCGGGGGAUAUUUUUCUUUUGCUUUUCAGUAGGUUUCAUGAGAAUGGCUCUCUCUUCAAAGCCCAUUGUUUCUGUCAUGGUUUCCAUCUGUCCUAAGCGAGUCAUUCUUUUGUUACUUGGCAUUUCCAACAUCCCAGCCAUUGAAAGCCCCCACAUUCUCUGCACUGUUUGGCCAGCAUAAUGCUAGCAACGAGUCAGAGCGAAUAGUUUUAACCUGACACAUGGAAUGUAUCGGUGAGGAUGGGGCCUUUUGCAUUGACUCUAAUUACUGCAUUGCUUUUUCUAUAAAACUACCCAUAAGCCUUUAACCUUUAAAGAAAAUGAAAAAGGUUAGUGUUGGGGUGUGGGUGAGGGUGGAGGUGGGGGAAACUGACCUCUUCAUAAGUCAGUGCUUCUGAGCUGAUUAUGUUUUAAUAAACCUGAUUUGUCUUGAGGCCCUAGUCUCUACUGUGUCCCCUCCUGGCCCCCUACCUGUCCUUGCGGAGCCCUGGGGAGGUGAAGCUAGCCAUUUGGCCAGCCCUAUGUGUAAAUUUCCCUUAUAGUGCCUACAUUUCCUUACAUUACCAAGCAUGGAGACAAGAGCAUGACACCAAAAUGUCCCCCUUCCUGAGCUUCCCAGAAGUGCCAACCCCACCCAUAGCAUGUGCUUUGCUUCUAGAGAAUCUGAUCUGGUCCUCUCUGCUCAAGGACCACCAUUGGGUGGGCUGAAAAUGGACUUUUGGGGAGGUGGCAAAGGAAGGAGCCAAGGCCUGGGGUGGGG